AAAGAUUUUCGUCACCAUCGGUAUGUACAUAUCGUCUUCAGGCUGAUUUGUCCCCCAUCCUUUAUACCCCACAAUUUUAAACGGCAAGGUACACGCUGCAUACAGGUACCAUCGCCGCCUAAAUGCAGUUAGGCGAACUGAUGUUCUUUGCAUCAUACAAACAACGUGUCGGACAUUUUCUGGGCAGAUACUUCUGUACUCACCCAGCAUCACGGGCACCUCGGGGGUUUGACACACGCGACGGGGCUAAAUCACCCGACACCGGGCGGCCGAUAUUGCUCGAUACCGGGACCCGGCGCGGACGAAAACAUCUGGGGUAAAAGACAAGCAUAUAAAGCCUCCGCCAUGGGACCGUGGGUCUAAGUCAGUACGACAAGAUUCUUGACGCCAACAUCUGCAGCUAUGUUGAUCACUCCCGCUCGUAUUCUUUGGCUCUUUGCCUUCCUCGUUUCCGCCGUGUCUUGCGCUUCCUUCACGAACCCGCUCAAGGCAAAGAACGGUAGUGACCCGCAUAUCGUUUACACCGGCGGCUACUACUACCUCGUCACCACCACCUGGACCAACAUCCAGGUGACGCGUGCCACCACCCUCGGUGGCCUCAAGACCGCAACCCCCACGACGAUCUGGACCGACUCUACCGCCAGCCGAAGCGGUAACUUCUGGGCUCCCGAGCUCCAUUGGAUUAAUGACCGCUGGUACCUCUACUACUCGGCAGGCACCACAGCCUGCUGUGACAACCAGCGCUCGCACGUCCUGCAGGGGACAACCGACAUCCUGGGCUCGUGGUCAUACCUCGGCCGCCUCUCUGCAGAAUGGGGCAUCGAUUCGACCAUCCUCCGGAUGUCUGACGCGAACUACUUCGUGUGGUCCCGUUUCUCGCCCAACGGUCUGCAGUCGCUUUACAUCGCCAAGAUGACCUCACCCUCGGUGAUCGGCACCCCAUACCUCCUCAGCGAGCCCACCUUGUCGUGGGAGACCGUCGGCGGCGCGGUAAACGAGGGGCCGGCGGCCAUGUACCACGGCGGAAAGACCUACAUCGCCUACUCGGCCAGUUACUGCUGGACCGAGAGCUACCAGCUCGGCCUCCUGACCUGGAACGGCGGCGACCCGCUCCUGCAGAGCUCCUGGGCCAAGACCGGCCCCGUCUUUAGCAGCUCCAACGGGAAUCUCGGCACUGGCCAUAACGGCUUCUUCGUCUCCCCCGACGGCACCGAGAUCUGGAACGUCUACCAUGCCACCACCGUCUCGGGCGGCUCGUGCGAUGGCAAUCGCUACACGAUGGCGCAGAAGGUUAACUGGAACUCGGAUGGUACCCCGAACUUUGGCAGUGCGCCGAGUCUGUCGACUGUGUUGCAGGGGCCGAGUGGUGAGCCGUAGAUGGGGUACCUACCUAGCUAGCUAUUUGCAUGUUGAUGAGAGGAUGAGAAAUGAAGGAUGCAUUGCUGUCUAUGAUUUCAGACUAUCUUGUGUUACUAGUGAUGUAUGUUGUGAAUAUACGAUGGGAGAGAGUAUACUGAGAUAAUAGAUGAUGUUAAUUGCUUAGAGAA